CCUAAAGCAGUGUCAUUGAGAAACAUGGCCGCCACCACGGGAGAAGGUGCUGCCUCAGACUCUAAAGGACCAAUUUCCUCGAUUCCAAGCAUGGACAGUCCAACGAUUCAGUACAGUAUGGUUCUGGAGCAUCUGGUAGGGGAAAAGAGGCCCAUUAAAGAACUGAGCCCAGGAGUUAUGGGGGGUCUGCCUGUGCCUCCGAAAAGCGACGAGCAGAAAAUGUUAGAGAGGGGAAUGGAGAGCUGCGCUUUCAAGUCUGUCCUGGCCUGUGUUGGAGGGUUUGUCCUUGGAGGAGCCUUUGGUGUGUUCACAGCUGGUAUUGAUACUAAUGUCGGCUUUGACCCCAAAGACCCCCUGAGAACCCCAACAGCUCGAGAAGUCCUUAAAGACAUGGGCCAGAGGGGGAUGUCUUACGCCAAGAACUUUGCUAUUGUGGGUGCCAUGUUUUCCUGUACCGAGUGCAUCAUAGAAUCACACAGAGGCAAAUCUGACUGGAAGAAUGCAGUGUACAGUGGCUGUGUAACUGGAGGAGCUAUAGGGUUUCGUGCUGGUCUGAAAGCCGGGGUCCUCGGAUGUGGAGGAUUUGCUGCAUUUUCUGCUGCUAUCGAAUAUUACUUACGAUGAGAGGCCGAGGAGCGGCUUUAUGAACAAGAACUUGUUUUAUCUGUGGACUCACCGUGAGGAACCUUGUGUACAUGGAGGAAAAUGAAUGAACAUUGCCUUCAGUAACUCCGCAGGGACCUAAACAACACUUGCAGGGGAUGUUCCUGUUUCCAUUCGCAGAGAGACUUUGCACCAUAUGUGAUGAAGCCACCUCUUCUCUCACAACCGCUGUUUAGCUACAGAGACGUUAUACGAAUUGACAGGAUGUAAUCAGUGGGGUUAUUUAUAUUAAAGCUGUUUGUUUUAAUCCGG